CCUUUGACCCCAGUGGCAGUCCCUGUCACUGCACCGCUCUCGCUCCCUCCGGCUCGCCGCGCCCUCGCUCCCUCUCCUCGCCCCCUCGCUCGCUCUCUCCCCAGAUCGAGGCUGCUCCCGUCCUUGCUCCCCCGCGCCUCCCUCUCGCGCCGCGCCCCCCGGCCCCCAGCCCCAGCCCGCGGCGGGACCUCUGGGGUCGAAGGUUCUGGCCCGCCCGCGCCCCUCGCCGCCCCCGCGCGCCUCCCGCCGGCUCCUGCUGCUCCGCGAUGGAUCGCCUGCUCGCCGGGCGCUGAAGGCAUCCCCGGGACCCGGAGCGCAGCCCGGGAAAGAAACACACAGCAGUAUUGAUGAGUAGACCCUUGGGUUCAGAGAUUGGGCUGAAACGCACCAUGCCUGCUUCCAUCCUUUGCUCCGGAAAGUUGUGAAUUGCUCAUGCCUAUAGGGAGGAAGGAUGGCACAUGGGAUUCCUUCUCAAGGCAAGGUUACCAUAACGGUGGAUGAGUACAGCUCCAACCCCACCCAGGCAUUCACGCACUACAACAUCAACCAGAGCAGAUUCCAGCCGCCACAUGUACAUAUGGUCGACCCCAUCCCAUAUGACACUCCAAAACCAGCGGGCCACACGCGGUUUGUCUGCAUCUCAGACACACACUCCAGAACAGAUGGUAUCCAGAUGCCUUAUGGGGACAUCCUUCUCCACACAGGCGAUUUCACCGAGCUGGGACUGCCCUCAGAGGUUAAGAAGUUUAAUGACUGGUUAGGAAACCUGCCAUAUGAAUAUAAAAUAGUGAUUGCUGGGAAUCAUGAACUGACAUUUGAUAAGGAAUUCAUGGCAGACCUUGUUAAACAGGACUACUACCGUUUCCCCUCUGUGUCCAAAUUGAAACCAGAGGACUUUGACAACGUUCAGUCCCUCCUGACAAACAGUAUUUACUUACAAGACUCGGAGGUAACAGUGAAGGGAUUCAGGAUAUAUGGUGCACCUUGGACCCCGUGGUUUAAUGGUUGGGGCUUUAACCUGCCCAGAGGUCAGUCUCUGCUGGACAAGUGGAACCUGAUCCCCGAGGGCAUCGACAUACUCAUGACACACGGACCUCCUCUCGGUUUUCGAGACUGGGUUCCAAAGGAGCUUCAGCGAGUGGGCUGCGUGGAGCUUUUAAACACAGUCCAGAGGCGAGUCCGGCCCAAACUCCACGUGUUUGGUGGAAUCCAUGAAGGUUACGGCAUUAUGACCGACGGUUACACAACGUACAUCAAUGCCUCAACGUGUACAGUCAGCUUUCAACCGACCAACCCUCCAAUUAUAUUUGACCUUCCAAACCCACAGGGUUCCUGAACCUCCAAAUGCCCAAUUGGAAUGUGAGGGAAGGUCUAAAAACUGCCAUUUUUCUAAUUAUAAACUUAGUUCUCUUCCUUGUUUAUUUCCAGAUCAUGUGAGUUCUUUUUGUAAAUUGCUGGAACACAAAUGAUGCUAGAGGUUGUGCUUCUUCUUUAUUUUUUUUUUUAAAUGGGGCAUCCAUUUGGAAUCAAAGGACCGUUGUGAAUUUGUAAAAUGACUUCUGUUUUCUCAAAGGCCACGCCAUUGUAAAUUGUUAGUGUUCGCCAAAGGACAGCCAAGCUUUCUUUUGAAAAGGUGACAAAAGUCUUAUUUUAAUAUGCUUUAAGCUGGGAAAAAAAAAAAGAAAGAAAAAAAAGAAACAGGUAGGCAGUGUUUUAAAAACCACCCAGAUUUGCACAACUGUUUAAGAGUAUUGUCUGAAGUAUUUUAUUUUUUGAUGUUUUGUUGUUGUUGUUGUUUUUCUUGGGAAUGCUUCUUUUUUGCAGACGUGGCCCGGAUUUAGAACAAACUUUUCAACAAAAGUAGGCGUGGAAAAGACUUCUCUUCAACACUGUCACUAUAAAGAAAGCUGUGUCGAGGGAAGAAAACGGCCCUCUUUUAGAGGAUGGCUUAGCUAGUGAGAUCCAUAUUGUGGUUAUACAAGGAUUCAUUGUAUGUUUGUUUCUUUUAAAUUAUUUUAGCUUUAAAAAUAUGGAAAUGGAAUCUGUCAAGAGCCGGUAUUUCAUGCAGUAAAAAAAAAGAAAAAAGAGCGUGCAGACUCCUUUUCAAUAUGGGUUUAUAUAUAUAAAUAUUUUUUGUGUAUUAUGACUAAGUUAGGAGUUUAAUAUUGCCAAGGACAGUACAACUGUAAAGGGGUGCUUGAAGCAGGGCAUCAGAAGUCCGAAGGAGCUGACACAUUUUCUCAGAACUCAAGGUCUUAAAGAGCUUGAGUUACUUCUAGGUACAGUCGCAGGCGUGUAUAGAUUUAAAUGGAUGCAAUGGAAGCUGACUAAAAUAAGGCUUAGUUGUCCUUUAUAUUUAAAUACCCUGAAUCGUCUUCUUACUUCCUUCUCCCUACCCCACCCCCCAUUUUGCACUGUGUGUCGAUGCAAUCUGCGCUAGCACAAAAUAUUGUCGCUAAUAGUCAUUUCUGUUUUCCCACUGUAAAUGCUGUUGAGCUUUAUUCUAUUUUAUGUUAUCUUGUUAAUGAAAUUUAGGAAAGCAGUUGUUUCUUUAAAUUUAUUGUGAUAUUCUAUAUCUAGCGGCCUUUAUAUGCAAAUAAAAUUGCAAGAUUUUUAAAUCCGUGCUCUUUGGAGGGUUGGCUGGCUGGGAGGAUGACGGUUUAGUGCUGGGGAAGGAGGGAUUUAUUCAUAUGCAACAUCAAUACUCCCUUUCAGUGGAAUCAGAAU